UACGCACAGUAUAAGAGGCUGAGGAGUCGCGGCGCGCAUCCUCACACAGCCUUACACAGCCUCGCCGAGACCUUGCUCGCCACGCAAGGACAAUUGCAGCCCCUACGAAAACUAGCCAUUUUCGAACCGAACUCUAACCGAGCCACACUUCGACAACGACUUCUUCAUUCAAAUUCCUAGUUUUGAUUAUUCUCUACCAGAAUAAGACUGAACGUGUGUGUUUGUGAUAUUACUGAAUAGUGCUGAAAGGAUUUUUCGAUACAGACUUCAAAAAUGUCAUGCAAGUUAUAACCGGAACCAAAGCACAAAAUGGACAGUACAAUAAGAAGAUUAUGUACAUUAUACACAUUUGUCCUUCUCUUACUAAUUGUUGAAGCGACGGACACUAAUAACAAUGAAACUACACAAGAGCGUCGACAGUCCCGUGUUACUGGCAGAAUAGUCAAACUAUACUCAGGCACAAGACCAGAACCUAUAUUAUGUGCUGGUGAAGGUUUUCAAGCAGAUCCUCGCGACUGCGCUGUAUUCUACCGCUGCAUGAAGUCAGGAAACGGAAAAUUCACUGUUUUCAGGUUCCAAUGCGGUCCUGGUACGGUGUAUGAUCCAGACACUGAAGUUUGCAAUCAUCCUCGAAGCACAAGACGCUCAGAAUGUGGUGGCUUGCUACCAGCACCGCCAGUCGACCGUCUAAAUAAUAAUGUAAUUGAGGGAGCGCAUAAUGAAAUACCUUCCCCAAUUACCAGCACUCCUAUACUUUUACAAUCGACGACGGUCGCUAAGCCUUCAUCUACAACUAAAAUUACUUGGACACCGUCUAGCUCCACAUUAAGUACCUCUACCAAACGUCAAGUAUCAGAAGUCCCUUCAUUAUUUACGAAUUUAUAUCCAUGGGAAUCAACUGUAGGCCAUACUACAAUGGAUUAUACUCGUAAUCCAGUGCCUUUGCUACAAAGUACGGCAACUCAAAAACCAUCGUAUACCGAAGCAUCCAAGAUCAUUCCUCAGUCGACCCCGACUGUUGUACCUCAUUCAAACUCUCAAGACAAUAUUUGUACUUCUGACGGGUUCAUGGGUGACAGUGAAAAUUGUCGCAAGUUUUACAGAUGUGUGGCUAACCAAAGAGGAACUUACACCAGAUUUGAGUUUUCGUGUAGUGAGUCUACAGUAUGGGAUGAUGAUACACAAAGCUGUAACCAUGCUUGGGCAGUAAAACGAAGCAGAUGUGGUAGAAGCAAUCAGAACAACCAUGUGGCAACGAAUACGAAUACAGAAAUUCCACAAACAGAUAGAACAGAUAAGACUAUUCAACAACAAUUACAAAUAAGUUAUGGUUCUAAAGUUACGCAGACUCAAACACAAAUAAGUAACGGAUCUGUGAUACAAAAUCAAACUCAAAUAAAUUUUGGUGACCGUUUAAAUCAAAACAAGGAUACGAAAGCUAAACAAAAUCAGACACAAAUAAGCCAUGGGUCAGCAAUAAGUCAAACACAGACUCAAAUUGAUUAUAGUGACAAAGCUGUACAAACACAGUUACAAAUUGAUCAUUCUAAACAGUCAAGUCAAUCACAAACACAGAUUCAUGAAUCAACUACAAACGGACCUUCCAAGUCCACUCAAUCAUCUUCGAAUAAUGCAGGAAAUACAUGUGAAAGAUCAGGUUUUAUGGGGGAUGCCAAUGACUGCAAAAAGUUUUACAGAUGUGUUGAUAAUGGAAGAGGCGGAUAUACAAAAUUCGAAUUUUCGUGUGGUGAAGGCACAGUAUGGGAUCAAACUAUUGAAGCUUGUAAUCAUGCAUGGGCUGUUAAGGAAUGUGGAGGUAAAGGCACUUCGGGAACCACUAGUACUACACAAGCUGCUGCAAGUACUUCUCAGUCAACACAAAAUUAUCACACAACAGCAUCAGCUCCUCCUCAAACUACUUCAGAAACAGUAACUCAAGAUUACGAAGACAAUGGUUAUGGUCAACAAAAUCCAAAUCCGACUUCAUCUCCUUCGACGACCUUGAGUACAACAAGUUCUUCGACAACCUUGAGUACAACAAGUUCUUCGACUACUUCAACUACUGCGAAACCACCUUCCAAUGGAAAUUGUCAAUCUAGUGGUUUUAUUGGCGAUCCAAAUGACUGCAAAGUAUUUUACAGAUGUGUUGAAAAUGGUAGAGGCAGCUUUACGAAAUACGAGUUUAAGUGCGGUGAGGGUACAGUUUGGGAUCCUGACUUGGAGGCAUGUAACCACGCAUGGGCUGUAAAACGAUGUGGUGGCAGUGCAUCUCCUGAUGUAAGCCAUACAGAAACCACCACUGAAAAACAAAAUAUACAGUCCACAACCAAUACUUUAAGUAGUACCCAGUCAUCAAGUGAAAUGCCUGCAACACAAAAUGAUGAUUACGAUACUGGUUACGGUCAAAAUAACAACGAUGUAACGACUUCUUCGACUUCAACAACGACUACGACAAAACAACCACAGAACUCGGGUAACAUUUGUCAAUCUAGUGGUUUUAUGGGUGAUCGUAAUGAUUGUAAAAAGUUUUAUAGAUGUGUUGAUAAUGGUAACGGAGGUUUUACACGUUAUGAGUUUACAUGUGGCGAAGGAACAGUAUGGGAUCCUAAAAUUGAAGCGUGUAAUCAUGCCUGGGCAGUGGAGAACUGUGGUGGAUCCGCAGGAGGACAACAAGAGUCUACAACUCAAUCUAAACCUACAACUAUAAAUGAAAUAGUUGCAAGUAGUACAACUCAAAGUGACCAGAGUACAGUAUCAUCUACACCACUGCCUAGUUCUACAAUAAGUACAUCUACUACAGCAGGAUCUGUACCAGUAGCUAGCACUGACUGCAAAAAUAGCGGUUUUAUGGGAGAUCCAAAUGAUUGUAAGAAAUUUUAUAGGUGUGUUGAUAACGGUAAAGGAUCCUAUACCAAAUACGAAUUUUCUUGUGGUGAAGGUACAGUAUGGGAUCAAAAAAUCGAAGCAUGCAAUCAUGCAUGGGCUGUAGAAAACUGUGGUGGUUCUGGAUCUUCAUCGUCUAGUCAACAAGAAACUAGCACACAAUUGCAACCGACAAUGAGUGAUGAAAUUGAUAAUGGCUAUCCUUCAAAUAUUGAUACUGAUUCGGAUACUACUACUCAAAGUACAACUACUCAUUCAACAUCAGAAGGUCCAAAAGUACCGAGUAGCAAUAAUAACUGUGUAAGCAGUGGUUUUAUGGGAGACAAAAACAACUGCAAGAAAUUUUAUCGAUGUGUAGACAAUGGCAAUGGUGGAUAUACCCGCUAUGAAUUUGACUGUGGAGAGGGAACUUUAUGGGAUCAAAGUAUAGAAGCGUGUAAUCAUGCGUGGGCUGUCAAAGAUUGCGGCGCUACCAGUGACAAUACAGUACAGAAGCCUACUGAAUCUUCCACACAAGCAUCUUCAACUACAGAAACGGAGAUAGGUUAUCCCCAAAGUACUGAAAAAACUAGCACUUCAACAACACAACGUAACCCAGAAAGUGACACGAGUGAAAUAUGUUCCAAAGAAGGUUUUAUUGGCGAUAAAAAUAAUUGUAAGAAAUUUUACAGGUGUGUUGACAAUGGUCGUGGUGGAUACACUAAAUAUGAAUUUACUUGUGGCGACGGUACAUACUGGAACCAAGAAAUAUUAUCAUGUGAUCAUGAUACAUCUGAUAAAACAUGUGGUGGUGCCGAAAGCAGUUCAAGUACGCAAAGUCAUGAACCAGAACAUGAUGAAAUUUAUACAGAAUCUUCCAGUACGUCCAGUUCAACAACAACAGAAAGAAAUGAAAACCAAACCCAGAAACCUCAAGUUUCAUCUGACGUGUGCGAAUCAGAAGGAUUUUAUGGAGAUAAAAACGAUUGUAAAAAGUUUUAUAGAUGCGUGGAUAAUGGAAAAGGAGGAUAUACGAAAUAUGAUUUCACUUGUGGAGAGGGGACAGUUUGGGAUCAAGAAAUACAAGCCUGCAACCAUGCCUCAAGUAAUCAAAAUUGUUCAUAUAGCACCGUACCUGCUAGUUCUACAUCCACUACUACAUCCACUACAAACCGGCCAGCUCCUGUAACUGACAAUUCAAUGACAACAGCUUCGCAAACUCAGCAUACAACUGAAACGACUCAAACCUCUUCAUCAUCUUCAAGUAGUCAACAAUGUUCGUCUGAGGGAUUCUUCGCAGUUCCUAAUGAUUGCAAGAAAUUCAUAAGGUGCGUUAGCAAUGACAAAGGAGGAUAUACAAAGUAUGAAUUUUCUUGUGGUGAUGGUACAGUGUGGGUCCAAGAUAUAUUAGCUUGUGAUCACGAUACCGGUGACACAAAUUGUAGUUCUCAGACUACAAGUCGUCCAGUAACAACGGAAGGUAAUCAACAAACAACAGAAAAGAACGAGGCGAGUAGUUCGACGACUGAAUCUCAAACGAUUGAUAAGCAAGAGGAUGAAUAUGAUAAUACUAAUUCUGAGAAACCGCCUCCCACAAGCAGCGGUCAAUGUACAUCGGAAGGAUUUUACGGAAACGAAAAUGACUGUAGACAAUUUUACAGAUGCGUAGAUAAUGGUAAAGGAGGAUACACGAAAUAUGACUUUACUUGUGGUGAAGGAACGGCAUGGGAUGCUGAUGUUCAAACUUGCAAUCACAUAGAUCAAGUGAAAUCUUGUCAAGGGGGAAGUCAAUCACAGCCUGUGAUGCACGACGAGGACAAUAGACCUACUGAAGCUUCUAGUACCUCAUCUAGUUCAACAACAGCUGCCUCUACUAGUUCUAGUGGGACAACUGUUAGCUCAACAUCUUCAAGUACAACUUCAUCGUCUGAGUCUGAUCAUACAACUUCAGCAAAUAAAGACACAUGUAACAGCGAAGGCUACUUUGGAAAUUCUCAGGAUUGCAAAAAGUUUUACAGAUGUGUAGAUAAUGGAAAAGGAAGUUAUACAAAGUAUGACUUUACUUGUGGUGAAGGUACAAUAUGGGAUCAAGAUAUAACAACCUGCAACCAUCCACAGGACGUUGCCAAUCCUUCUUGUAAUCAACAGCAAGAUGGUAGUUCAUCAUCCAGCACUGAAUCUAGUCCAUCUUCUUCUUCUUCCCCAAGUGAUACCACAUCGACUUCAUCGUCAUCGUCGUCGUCAUCAUCUACUCAAAGUACAACAGAAAGUUCUCAAAGUUCAUCCAACUGUUCGCAAGAAAACUCUUCCAAAAAACCCCAAAAUCAAAAUAUAACUUGUGACAAAGCCGGUUACUAUCCCAACCCUAAUGACUGUAAGAAAUUUUAUAGAUGUGUAGAUUGGGACGGAGAUGGAAAACGAUUCUCAGUAUAUCAUUUCGAAUGUGGUGAAGGUACUAUUUGGGAUCCAGCUGUUGAAACUUGUAACCAUGAAGAAUCAGUGUAUCCUCCGCGUGAUUGUAGUGGUUCUGAAUCUCAAAGUGCAAAUCCUCCAGCAACAGAGGGAACCACUACAACGCAACAAGAGACCACAAGCACACAAGAAAGUACUUCGACUCAAAGUACAUCUACAUCCCAAUCUAGCACAGAGGAGACAACACAGUCAAGUACUACUGAGUCAACAACUACGGAGCAAUCGACCACUUCAGAACAAACUACUACACAACAAUCAACUACAUCGGAACAAACUACAUCUAGUCAAACGUCACAAGCGACUACAGAAUCAAGUACCACAGAGCAGACCACUGAACAAACUACUCAGAGCUCAUCGUCUUCACAAACAACAACUGAGCAGUCUACCACCUCUGAACAAACAACCACACAACAAUCUACCACAUCAGAACAAACCACGACACAACAGUCGACCACUUCCGAGCAGACUACUCAAGAAUCAACCACAUCUGAACAAACGACACAAUCUUCUACCACUACAGAAGAAUCGCAACAAAGUACUACUGAGCAAUCAACGACGACUGAAGGAACUACAGAACAGUCGACUACUGAACAGUCUACCACCGAACAGUCGACUACCGAACAAUCAACUACAGAACAGUCUACUACUGAACAAUCAACUACUGAACAGUCUACCACCGAACAGUCUACCACUGAGCAGUCUGCUACCGAACAGUCGACUACUGAACAGUCUACUACUGAACAGUCUACCACUGAAAAGUCUACCACUGAACAGUCUACCACUGAGCAGUCUACCACUGAGCAGUCUACCACUGAACAGUCUACCACUGAACAGUCGACUACUGAUCAGUCUACCACCGAACAGUCUACUACUGAACAGUCUACCACUGAACAAUCUACCACUGAACAAUCUACCACUGAACAGUCUACCACUGAACAGUCUACCACUGAACAAUCUACCACCGAACAAUCUACCACCGAACAGUCGACUACAGAACAAUCAAAUGACAACUCAACAACAGAAAGUAAGUGCCCAGAGACGAAUGAAGAUCAAUCACUCUUUGUAUGCCCAACAUCAUUUAGAAGACAUCCAAAGUACUGCAAUUUAUUCUACCAAUGUGACGAGGACGAUGACACACAUGACGUAAAGAUUGCAGUGUUCACAUGUCCCAAUAAUACAAUCUACGAUGAAAGUCAGACUCGUUGCGUAGAAGAAAGUAAAGCUGACAAAAAAUGUGACGGAAAAAUAGCACAAAAAAGAAGAUUUAAAAGAUUAGAUAAAAACUAUAAGGAACCUAUUGUGGUGACCAAAGAAAGUCAAGCAUGUCCCGGCACUGGCUACUUCUCCUUUGAAAAAGACAGUGAAUGUUCUCCAGCCUUCUUAAAAUGUAAAAAAGACAAGAGAAAUGUAAUAAGAGGCUUAGUAUAUCGUUGUCCGAAAGGUUACGUUUAUUGGUCUAUUAGUAAAAGAUGCGAACCAGUCGAUAGUGUAAGAGACUGUAAACGGUCACAGAACAACUGGUCAGGGCGAUGGGAGAUACCCGUAGAACGAAGAAAUGUGGCGCCGUCAUAAAAUAUUAGAAUAAUUAAGAUACUUUCGUAACAAGCCCAACAUUUUGUGAUAUAUAACGUGUUGUAAAUUCGUGCAAACAUUAAAUUAGUGAAGUAAGUAUUCGAUAGAUAGGUAUUCAUAUGAAUUGUAAUGAGCAAGAUGUCCAAAUCCCAUAGUACGUCAUAAUUGAAUUCCGCCUUAUAGUAUAAGCGCUGAUUACAUUACAAUGCAAUUACAACAAACUUUUGGGAUACUCUAAUCGUAACUCUUUAAAAAUUGUA